UACAAUUUCUACAUUUUUUUGGAGUUGAAUUAAUAUUAUUGAACCUUAAUUAAAGUGUUUUACAUUUAACUGUAGUCAAGUCCACAACUAUGCGAUAAAAUAAGGGUGCCACACUCAAAUGCACUGCUUUAUGUUGAGCUAAAGCUACUUAAGCUAGCGAUCUAUUUUCUCUGUGUGGUUAUAGUAAACAACACAUCGUGAACACCAUUGCCAGGCAUUAGUUCGCAAGCUCGGUGGCUCUGUCCAUGCCCUUUCUUUGACAUGAUUCUGUUCCGCUAACUGACUAGCUUGAGUGUUAGCUGAACCAGUAGGCUUGAGGAGACGAGAUCCAGGAUCCUUAAAUUCAGCUGUGCAAACGUUCUGACGUGAAAAUACGAUCGGUACUCAACAAAAGACAGACUUUCCUAUUGUCAAUACUGCCGUUACUUCCAAAAAAUGUCUAAAUUAAAAUGAUUGUUUUUGGCCAAAUGCGCAUGCGCCAAAUCUAAGGCUCAAUGUACACUAUCCCGAAAGGAUAUUGAUUUAAUUUUUAUUUCGACUUUUUUUUUUUCCGAAGUACGGAACGGCGUUAAGGACGAUAGCUGCUGUGCAAAACUCAAUAUUCUGGUUGGCACGAUGGCCCAGUCAUCAGACAACAAGGUUCUGGUCCUGGGUGUGUUGGCUGGAGCGGCUGGCCUCAGCCUGGGUGCCGUGGCAUUGUACAACAGCCGGAGGGCCAUGCCACAGAGUGGACACAGUCAGCAGUACCUCAGCAGUAAUGACCAGCGGACGGCUGGAUCCAGUAUGGUGGUGGGGGGGAUGCUGGGUCAGGCUGAGGUUCUAGAUCGUCUCGGAGCCCUGAUCCAGUGUGUGUCAGAGCUGAAAGAUGAGGUGCGGGCGCUCAAGAGUGCCAUCCCAAAGCUGCAGGACCACGUGAGGGAUGAGCUGAGAGGACGCGGGGGCGAGGGGGGCGUGGCUCGCAUCAGGGCAGGCCCACCAAACCGCACUAUACCCACACGCAGGAGGAGAGUAACCAGAGCUGAAGGCCAAAGCUCAGAGGAGGGGGCUGAGAGUGAAGGAGGGUACAUUACGGCUCUGACAGACUCUGAGGAAGAAGAGAAGAGUGAGGCUGAUGAGAGUCAAGAGGAAGUAACCGUGAUCGAGCCUCUGGACGAGUUCUCAGCCCUCCUGGAGAGGAUGGAUGCUCUACACAAUGGCACGGAUGGAGACAAGAGGGAGUGCCUCCGCACCAUGCUGGAUAAGAGGACAGAGUUUGGACAGAACACUACUUUCUUAUGGCGACUAGUUCGGGCCUAUGUGGAUGUCCACGACAUCACUACCAACCUAGAGCAGAAGAAGACUCAUGCAGAGACUGGGAAGAAAGUUGGAGAGGAAGCCGUGAAGAUGGACCCUAUGUGUGCCGAAAGUCAUCAGUGGUACGCUAUAAUGUGUGGAAUCAUGACAGAGUACGAGACUGUGCAGAACAGGAUAAAGAAUGGCUACAUCUUCAAAGAUCAUCUGGAUAAGGCCAUCGAGCUGAAGCCACAGGAUCCUAUGUCUUACUACCUGCUGGGCCGCUGGUGCUACGCUGUGGCUCAGCUGUCCUGGAUCGAGAGGAAAAUUGCUGCUACAUUGUUUGGAGAGCCUCCAAGUGCCACGGUCCAAGAUGCGCUGAAGAACUUCCUCAAGGUGGAGGAGAUCCGUCCCAGGUACUCCAAAUUAAACUAUGUGUUUUUAGCCAAGUGUUACAGAGACCUGGGGCAGAAAGGUCAGGCCAGGAAAAUGUGGGAUGCUGCUGCCUCAAUGGAAACUGUUUCCAAAGAGGAUGAGGAGGCACAGAAGGAGCUUGACUACCUUCUCCCUGCGCUAGGUGUUUAUUGAGGACAUUUCGAAAUGGUUACGUCCUCUCGCUAGGGAGAAACCCAGGAUCAUCUUCACUGGAAGCCACACUAUGAAUGGAAUCCAAAUCAAUGUCUUCUUUGAUUACCGAUGGGACAGUACCUUCAAUGGGGGCUUCAACAUUUCUGAAAUACCGGACUCUUGCUAAUCCUCUCUGGGAUUGGAGAUUACUGGAUUGGCUGUGCAUGCUAGGGAACACUGUUCUGGAGAACAAGUUUAUCACAGACACAUCUUGAUGUCUUAUAAAAGCAGAUAUCUAAAUUCUUUGACAUCUGUUUGCUAAAGAGAUUGUGGUAAAAAGGGACAGUUUUGACCUAUCAGCAAGCAGUUACACACCCAGAAUCCAAUUUCAUUGGCUGGUCCCAUCUUUGAUGUAAGUCAAUCAAUGGUGUUCAAUGGGAUGUAUAUUAUCUCCCAUAUCUUGAAGCAAUCUGCAGUCGAGUGUGGAGGACCAGGCAAUACUGUAGCUAGAAAAUGUUUUAAUAAUUAUACUCACCCUGUUGGUGUCAGAAAUGAAUAUGGUUCCCUGUAAACUGCAUACGUAUCAAUAAUUAUUCUUGAUUUGUUUUUUUUAUUACACUGAAAUAGCCUAGCCUAAGAACUGCUUUAAAAAAAUGUUGAUGCCUGUUUUUUUCCUGUUUUAACCCACCUACCAGUAAGUGCAUUGGAAAACAUCAGUGGUCUUUGUGGUUGAAUCUGUUUGAAAAUCACUGUUCGACUGAGGGACCUUGUAGAUAAUUGUAUGUGUGGGGUACAGAGAUGAGGUAGUCAUUCAAAACAUCAUGUUAAACACUAUUAUUGACCACAGUGAGUCUUAUGUGACUUGUUAAGCACAUUUUUACUCCUGAACUUAUUUAGCCUUGGCAUAACGGAGGGGUUGAAUAGUUAUUGACAUUUCAGCUUUUCAAUUUUCAUUUUUUAUUUUUAAAUGAUUUAAAUAAAUAAAUAAAUAAAAAGGCUAUAACAUGACUAAUUGGAACAAUUCAAGGGGUUUAACUACUUUCUGAAGGCACUAUAACUAUAUGUUACCCUAUUUCAUAUCAAGUACACUACAUUUGACCAGGGCCGUAGUCCACUAAAUAUGGAAUAGGGGCUCUGGUCAGAUGUAGUGCACUAAAUAGGGAAUAGGGGCUCUGGUCAGAUGUAGUGCACUAAAUAUGGAAUAUGGUGCCAUUUCAGAUGGAGAUUUGGAUAUUUCUUUAAGUGUUCUUUGACCUGCACUGAGUGGACCACUAGUGUAGCUCUGCUGGUUGGCAGGUUUUGUGUUCCUGUCACUGUCUGUACAUAGACUGAGAUGAUGGUCCCAUCAGAUAGGAGGAAGGACUUGAUAGGGAAAGAAACAUGACUCCUAGGCAGAAUCUCAAUUUCAUACUCAUCGCGUCCUCUUCUCCUUCUCAAUUGGCAGAGGUCAGAGGGAAGGGACCUCUGGCUUUCUCAUCCGAUGGGUUUUGAAAAUGAGGUGAGGGAGAAGGACUCGAGGAGUAUGAAAUUGAGAUACUCCCUAGGAGUCCAGUUUCCUUCCCUAUCAAGUCUUCUGGGAACCAUUAACUGGUGCAUACUUUAUCUGAGAGGUGAAAUACAUGAAUGGUAUCAUUUAUUUUGCCUCAGAUUUGUCUGUGUUCCAGUAAUAUGAAUGUAUGCUUUAGUUGUAUCUAGGGUUGUAGACAUUGUACCCACUGGGCGCACACUGGUUGAAUCAUCGUUAUUUCCACGUCAUUUAAAUGAAAUUACGUUGAACCAACUUGGAAUAUAUGUUGAAUUGAUGUCUGUGCCCAGUGGGCAGUGAAGUAAAUUUUAAGUGAAAGGACUGAGGGGGUGUGGUAUAUGGCCAAUAUACCACGGCUAAGGACUGUUCUUACACACACAACGCAAUGCGGAUUUCCUGGAUACUGCCCAUUAGCUGUGGUAUAUUGGCCAUGUACCACAAAUCCUGAGGUGCCUAAUUGCUAUUAUAAACUGGUUACCAAAAUAAUUUGAGCAGUAAAAAGACGUGUUUUCUAAUACCUGUGGUAUAUGGUCUGAUAUACCACGGCUGUCAGCCAAUCAGCAUUCAGGGCUCUAACCACCCAGUUUAUAAUAUCUUGUAAAUUAAAUACAGUACAUAAAAUAUUAUAGACACUACGCGAGCCAUGUAUUUAGAAAUUAAAAUGCAUGGCUCUGGAAACUAUUCUAUAGACACUACUGAUCAAUGUUAUUUGAGUCUGCCAUUUUUCAAUAAAUAUGUGGAAUCGUG